AUGAGUUCACUCAUCAUGUACGAAGAUGAAGCGAUUGACCAUUAUAAUGAGUAUUUGAUGAGCAAAAGAAAAGAAGUAACUGAAAUAAAGAAUUAUAAAUUCAAUGGGAAAUUCAAUUCAAAGCCAACUAAGGCAUUCAUAAUAAAAAAUAAGAAAAUACAUUAUUUAACAUAAUCGCAGAUAUUAGCUUUGGUGGUUUUAACAUUCGCAGUUGAGUAUGGGUUUGCAAUUGAGAUGGUUUUCAUCUCUCCUUUGUUUUUGAAAUUAGACACUCCAGAACUUUUAGACUCUUCAAUUUGGUUAUUUCCUCCUGUAAUUAAUUUAUUACUCUAUCCUUUUAUUCGAUACUACAGCGAAAGUAAAUCACAUCAAUUAAAAAACGCUAUGAUAUAUUUCAUAAUAGUUUCUAUAAUGGGUAUAGGACUAUUAGCUGACACAAAAUCACUAUAUGUGGAUUCAAUAAACAAAAAAACAUCAGUUCUAAUUAUUUCAAUCGUAAGUUUCACAGUCAUGGAUGUCGGUUUAGAGAUGCUUGGAUUUGCUUGUUCUGCUUUAUUAGAAGAUUAUGUUAAUCCAAAACAGACGUAAAAAGUGUAGUAAUACAGAACAUUUGUUGAUUCAUUUGGGAAAUUCACUGGAUUCCUAGUUUCAAGUGUUUUAGCUUUCAAUUUUAUUUACUUAAACUUCGACAAUUUUAUUGAGAACUUAUCAUUUGCAUACUUAGUAGGAUUGAUAAUGAUAUUGAUUGGUUUUGGAAUGGUUUUGAUAUCCUUUCCACGUAAAGGAUUAGAUUUAGUAUAAUAAAAUCACAAAAUGAGGUUUAGUAUCAAUUCUUUUUUGCCUGGAAUAACAUUUAUAUCAUAAUUGCCCAAAAAUAUGAAGAUAUUUUUGUUAUCCCAUUUUUUCACUUGCGGUUCCCAAUUGUUUGUGUCUGUCUAUGCGACCUUAUGGUCAGGCAUUACCAUGUUGGAAGAGGGACCUCAAUAGUACAAUGAAGCAAUAAGGAAUAUCGUAUUUGACAUAGGAAUUAGCUGGGGUAUUGUUUAAAUGAUAUACAGAGGGGCUUUGGCAUUGUGCAUGAGUGCAAUACUUCAUCUAUUGACAACCUUGUUCUUAAAGUAAUUGGGAAAUAGAUACACAAGCACAAUAUAUAUGAUCGUGAAUGCCUUGGCUGGGGCUUCUUUAUUAUAUACUUGGUCGGUUAAUGAAUUUUAUUCUAUUUUUAUCACUCUUCCUUUUUGGGGAGUUCAAACUACUGUGUUGAGUGAAUUGCCAUACAAAUUAGCAAAUCAGUUGGAGGAUGAUCAAGUAAGGGAUACAAUAAAAGGACUCUUGCCUUAGAUGCUUAAUUUAACCACCUUUUUUUCUUAAGCAUUUAUGUUUUUCAUAAUUCCCCUAGGUUUUUUGUUGUUAUCUAGUGUUGAUGACAUUUCAGUUAGUAUGUUCUUGAGCGGGAUAUUCAGUUUAAUUGGAUCAUUUUUAGUUUGCUUUUUAUGA